AUGAAAUAGAUUCCUAUUGUAUAUUAUUAUCAAAAUGAACCAAAGACACAAUUUAUGUUCUUUUUUUAAGGAGAGGAAGUACAAUAAUUAUCUAACUUUAUUGUAGCUGAUAGUAAAAAAUAUAUUACAGCAAUUUCCUUUUAAGAUUACAACACAUCAUAUUAGAUUUAAGAUAUUUGUUUAAGAUAUUGAACCAAAAACGUAAUCAAUUAAUUUAACUAAUAGAUAUGCUUGGUUUGAUAUUUCUAAUCCUAAUGCUAAAGUACCAGUUGUUAAUGAUACUGUUUUCGUUAAAAUAUUAACUCUUUAACAUCUUUCAUAUAGUAGAAUAGCUAAAAAAAUGGUUGAAAGUUUGUUUUAAGAUUAAAAAGUUGGAGAUUUAAAGAUCUAACAAAAUCCUAUUUAAUAGUCGUAUUAAACUUAAAAAUAACAAUCUAAUUCAUCACCUAAAUUACAAUAGUAAUAAAAUUAAAAAUAAAUUUAACAAUAAGGUGGUGAGAGAUAUAGCAAUAAGUAAUUUAGUAAUUUAUCAAAUGGGACUAGUCAAGGUGGCGAUCUUUUAGAAGCAUUUGAAAAAUUUGAUUACAAACCAAAUCCUCAUCAUACUUAAUCAUAACCAAUCAGCCAUACAGAUUUAGAUAUAAAUAAUACUAAUUUAAAUUUAAAUUAACCAAAACAAUAGUAAAAUAAUAAAGAUUCCUUACAGUUUUUAGGAUUUAAUCCUCAAUCACAGUAACCAUAAGCAAAAUAGGGUGAAGAUUUAUUUGAAUUCUAGACAAAUAUAGAUAAAUAACCUAUUGUUUAAAAGGAGUAAUCUCAAAGAGAGGAUCUAUUUUAAUUUGAUGUUCCAAAACAAUCAAUAUAAUAAUAAUAAUAAUAAUAAUAAUAAUAAUAAUAAUAAUAAUAAUAAUAAUAAUAAUAAUAAUAAUAAUAAUAAUAAUAAUAUGAAGGGCUUACAGAUAAAUAAAUUGUUGAUUUGAGAGUAGAAUAAGCAGCUGAGGGUCUAUAAAAGAUUUGGUAGGAGGAAGAAGAUUAUAAUGUUUUGAGAUAACAAGCAAAAGAUGAAGUAGAACCAAAAAUAUUAAAUUGGGCUUAUAAAAAUAAUGUAAGAAAUAAUUUAAGAUUGCUUCUUUCUACAUUGAAUGAUGUUUUAUGGGAAGGAACAGAUUGGUAAUGUUCAAUAGGUGAUUUAAUGACUGAUGGUAAAAUGAAGGUAUUUAAUAUAUCUAAUUUAUUAGUUAAAGUAUCGUUAAGCAUUAUUGAUUGUUCAUCCUGAUAAACAUAAUUAAAGUCCUCCUGUUUAAAGAUAUAUUGCUGAAAGAGUAUUUUAUGAACUUAAUUAAGCUUGGAAUGAUGUCAAAAACAAAAGUUGA